AUGGCCAGAAGGCUAAACAGGAUGUGCUUUUAUUGGGCGGCGUUCUUCACAGUUUGUGGUUUCAUAUAUGCCUGCUUGACGCACCAUGCGUGGGACCCAGAUCCUUUCCCUGAACAGUUGAUCCAGAAUCACCGAAGACAAGUUUUGGAGUCCGUAUGCCUCGAGAAUAAGCUCAACAAAACAGGGAAACCGAUCAGCAACUUAGUUGCCGACCGGCUGUUCGUCGAUCACACGCAUAAGUUCAUCUAUUGCGAAGUGCCAAAGGUUGGCUGCUCGAACUGGAAAAGAAUCCUCCUUCUCUUGAAAAUGGACCUUAGCAUCGAACCUAAUCAACUGCAACACGACAUCAUCCACACGACGUCCGUGCUAAAUAAGUUAAGCAACUACCCUGCCAAGGAGCAGAGGAGAAUGCUCAAGGACUACACAAAGGUGAUGUUCUCCCGCAAUCCUUUCCAAAGACUGGUGUCGGCGUACCGAGAUAAAAUCCUCCAUACUGAAGCUUACUACGGUACCAAACUCGUGCAAAUGAUCAAGGAAAAAUUCAGAACGCCGCACAAGCGCAAAGAAAACGUCACCUUUGAAGAAUUUGUCAGCUAUAUCCUUCUAGGCGAUCCAAACAAAUGGGAUAUUCACUGGUUGCCGAUGCAUCGGCUCUGCGACCCUUGCAACAUUCACUAUGACUUUUUCGGCAAGUACGAAACCAUAAAGGAGGACGCCGACUACGUUCUGAGGGCCAUCGGAGCCCCCGAGCGCAUGACGUACCCCUCGGUAAAACAUUAUCCAAACGAGUCGCGCACCAACGACAUGAUGAGCGGCAUGCAUUUCCGGAACCUUUCAAGGCCGUUAGUCGACCGUUUAAUUGAUAUUUACAAACUAGACUUUAACUUAUUUGAGUAUAGCCCUUUAGACGUAAUCGCCACACAAUAG